AUUAAUCAUCUUCCAGUGGAAAGAUGAAUCAUCUUUUAAAGAACCUUUCCUUAUUGUCCUGUACAUUUUUGCUAUUCGUGGACCUUUUUCACUUACAUCUGUUGCUGGUAUGUUAUGCUGAGCACAUGUUAUUUCAUAUUUAGCUUGAAAUGAUUUCUUGGUCAAAUUGAUUUUAAAUGUAAACAAGUUUGAUUUUCAAAUUCCUCUUGUUUCAGGUUAGACAUCAUAACUAGUAAACAAGUGUAAAGUAAAUCAAGCCAGUUCAAAGUCAUUUUUGCCUGGAAUUCAUUUAACCACAAUGUUAUAAUGGUUUAGGCUACAUUUUGGCUUUUUAAAAGUGUGAAAUUCUAGUGGGAAAGCAAUUUGGUCAAAAAGUAAAUCUACAUUUUAUAUACACAGAUCAACUCUGAUCUACUAGCAGAGGGUGCUGAUUUUUAUUUAUUAUUUUAUUUGUGCACCUAGAUCCACCAAGUAGUGAUGGCAGCAGUAAAGAGGGUAAUAUAAUAUAUUUGUAAUGACAUUUCACUUAUCAUAAAAAAGAUUUUAGGUAAUAAUCUUGUUGAAUUCUUUGCUUUGAUGUUCUACCACACAGCUUCAGAGUUUAUCAGAUUAAAUAUCUUAAGUGAUCCUAUUGUAAUAGGUAUUUUGUAUGCUUAUGCCCAAAAACCCAAUUUUACUCCCAGGCCUCACUUUCAAGGCACUGACUGAUUAAUUUUCAUUAUAAAAUAUUCCCAAAACAAUGAAAUACAGGCGCCAAUGCAACUAAAUUUUUCACUUUGGCGACCAAAUCCUGAAAAUUAGUUGCCAAAUUGGUGACUAGAAUGCUUCAUCAUAACCUUACCUAGAGAUAUAAUGAAUUAAAAAGAUUUGCAAAGAUAAAUCCACAGCAAACUUCCUUGUUAAAUUUUAUGUCCAAAAUGCAGUGCAGUACAGUAUAUCAUCCAUUCUAGUGUCCACUUUGUAGCAUGUUAAAGAUCUUUUUCCUGACUUAAUUUUGAAGGGUCUAUCUAGAGCGCUGACAACGUAAAAAAAGGGUUUUGUUUGUCUUAAGAAAUGGUGACAAACUUUCUUUUGAAUUGGCUACCACUUUGAAAAAUUUAGGAGCCAAGUGGCUAUCAGAAAAAAAAUUAAUUUCACACUAUGUAUGAAGAAACUGUAAUCAACAGUAGAAACUUGUUGGGUGGCAAGAUUUUAAUUUCAUUUUGAUAUCUUCUCCCAGGUAUGGUCAGGUUUCAGAUCUUGACUGAUGACCAGACAAGGCUUCUCUUUGAAGUGAAAAAAGACACACAUGGAAAUAUGUUCUUACGUGAAUUGAACAAAGCCAUUGCAGGUGAACUAAUCUUUUCAUCAAUUGAACUAAUUAUUAUUUCCAAAAUUUGACCACUUGCAGUAAUUUAGGUUUUCUCUUCAGAAUCAGUUUCCCUUUCUUAUCAAGCAGUAUGAUAAAACUAGCCUUGUUUGCAUCAUACUGGAGGGAUUAGAAAUAGCAGCUUGGUUUAUGUUCACAGUUAGGCCUAUGGUCCAUACUGUCCUGUACUAGAAGUGGUGCUUUUUGUAAAAGCCAAAUGAAAGUCACAGCUCCUUCUGCAGGUUUUUCUUUGGUGGAGGGACCAAUCGCCCAAACAUGUGUCACAAUCAGGAUUUUUUUUUUUUUACUGUAUGUUUUCAAAUUUUAUUCAACAUAGUGUGGAAGGCAAUCAAAGUGAAAUGGCCAAAGUUGAUACAUUUGUAUGUUUUGCUUUGCUCACAUAGCUUACAGACAGAGGGCUCAUCUGGUCGGUAUGCCUGAAUUUGAGUGGCUGAAGAGAUAUCAAGAGCUGACUGGAAGGAAAAGUUUUUCAAACAGAGGUAUAUAAUUAGAGGGUGUAUGGAAAAAACAUAAUAGGUGAUAGAAUCCUAAAUUCUCCUUUCAAGUUGUUUCACUUUUUUUGAAAUACAAGGAGAAUAUACUUUUGCAUCAAGAGUUUCUUUAUAGUGGCUUUAUAUCAUGCACCUUGUAAAUUUGUUAGAGAUCUCAACUAACAAAAUUAUUUAUUCAAGUUUUUUCAUAUAUUCUAUAUACUUGUCUGUAAGAGGGUUUCUAAGGCUUUUUUUUCAAAGCAUCAAUUUGGUAUUUAUUUGGAAUUGGGAAGGUUUCAUCUUAUGCUGAUUUAUAUAAUAAAUAGAUGGCUGGCCUUGGAGUCACAUUGAAGAAGCAAGUUCUAAUGGACCAGAAUUAGUUACAGGUACCAAAUGAAAAUUGUGCUAUCAAAUUUCUUUUGCAAAUGUGAAUAGGUUAACUUGGAAUUUUCAAAUUUUCAAAUUUAUUGGGCAGCAGAAUAACAUCUUUUAACUGUAUAUACAGUUGUAUUAUUUUCAAAAGAGCUUUUAAAUAGCUUACUUUUAAUACUUUAUGCAGUAUUUGGAAACAUGAAGGUACAGUAUUUAUAUCACAUCACAAAUAAUAAAUAUUAUCAUGUGACCUAUAUGGCCUUGCUCAAUUAAUCCUAAAGAAAACCACAAUCAUAGCACCUGGCAUGUGAAAGGGCAGAUGGAUUGAUAUGAGCACUUCAGGAAAACAGUUGUGCUUUGCUAACCCUAAGCAUUUGUGCGACACUGCUGCAUUUUCUAAGAAUGCUAUUUCUGCUUUUGGACUUGAACCAAAAAAAAAAAAAAUGAGACAAACAGAAAUGGGAAAGUAAGCAGGUAUUAUGCGGCAAUUGUUUUCAUUCUAGCCACUGAAUCCAAAGUUGAUGAAGGAUCCCUGGAUGCGUUUGGAAUGCCAGGUUUUUCACCAUCUCCUACCAUCCACCCAUCAUUUUCAUCAGCAAGUCUUACUGCAUCUGAUGAAGUGGAUAAAGGUAUGGCCAACUCACCAGCUUUAACCAGGAGAUCCAUCCUUCCAACUAGUAUUGGUGCCAGAGAUGGGUUUAUUAGGCUCCACAUGGCUAGAAGGGAGGAAGAAUACACUCACGUAAAAACACUAAAGUAAGCUGACAUGUUCCUUUUGGUUUUAUGUUUAAAAAAAGGAAAAAAACUUGAAGGGCAUGGUGACACUAGCAAGUUAUGCCAUUUUCACUCUACUGAGGAGAAAUUGAAAAUUGAAUUUUAAUCAGGAGAAGUUACAAAUCUUCUCUCCAAACACAGAAUACAUAAAAUGCAAUGCUUUCCUGUUUAACCUCACCAGAUAAAUUUGAAAGCCCAAAAAUUGCUGACAGUGUAAUUAAUUGGCUGCAUCCUUGAUUGUAGAUUUGACUCUGGCAAUAUGAAAAGCUGUAUGUUCCAUUGUAGGCAGUUUUAAGAGCAAUAUUUUUGGUAGUGAAUGUUUUGAUAAGUUUGGACAGGGGGCCUAAAUAUAGGAACAAAGCAAAGAUAUCUUAUAGAGUGAAGUGGAUGAACACUUUCUGAAAAGGUCAUACAAAUGCUCACAAUACUUUAGGUGUGCUUACUAUAUGGUGGUAUAGUAUUUUGAAAAUGAAAUUUUGACAAAUAGAUACACUUGGGCAAUGGAAAUAAUUAUAUAUAAAUUUUGCUAUCAAUGUACAACAAGAACAACAAAUGUACAACUGGAUCCUCUUGUGCAAUGGAUCUACAUGACAUCUAACUGUACUAUCAAUGUACAACACAGUAACAUGGUUUUAACCCUUUAACUCCCAAAAUCUCAUGAGUAUUUCUCCUUACUGUCUGUCAAAUGAUCAUUGAUUCAUUAUUUAGUUGGAGAAUUUGGUAUUGGAUCAAUUAGUAAUCCCAAAAUCAACAUUUUUCUUUAUUCUCAUCACUUGUCUGCAUGGUAUUGUUUAGAAAUUGUGAGGAGAAAUUCUGCCUUGGUCACUCAUGGGAGUUUGAGGUUUAGCUGUAGUGAUUGUCCUUAAGCCAAAGUGUUUCAAUUGUCUGACUCCUUAGGAUCUUUGUUGGGUCAUGGAAUGUUAAUGGUCAGUAUCCUGCAGAGGACGUUACACCUUGGCUAGCAGUUGAUAAAGAUCCUCCUGAUGUUUUCUGCCUAGGGUAGGAUGUUGUUCUGACCUGCACAUUAAUUUUAGUGUAGUGUAGUGACAAACCUGUAGCACAUGUACAGUUUGCUAAAUAUCUAAUAAGUGUUUUAUUCAAUUGCACCAUCCACUCUUUCAUAAUGGCAUCAACAGAAGAUGGGUUGUUUUGCAGUAUAUACCUUGGAAGACAAAAUGAACACUUUAAUUGCACAGUGUUGAUUUAAAAUGCAAUCCAAUUAAGACAGUUUUAACUGUUUUUAUUCAGUUUGUGAACUCUUGUAAUUACAAUUUGUACUAUCCUUUUUUCCCAGUUUUCAAGAACUUGAUCUCAGUGCUGAGACACUGUUAAAGAAUGUUACUCCUAGAGAGGAUGAAUGGCUUAAAAUUUCAGAGAAAGGACUACCUCAUAAAGCCAAGUACACUAAGGUGACAGGGAAUGCCAGUUACUUUCCAAUAAAUAUAUUAUUUUGUUUUUGGUUUGAUUUUGGGGACAAGAAAUUGAUGAAACACUCUCUCUAAGCUGGCGACUUCUUUUACACAGCCCUGUACAAGAAGGAAUGCAUAAAUAUCCAUCAGAACAUGAGUAUGCUGUGCAAAUGUAGUAAUGUUGAAGUUUUUCUUACAAGAGUUCUUUUAUGUAUUCAGGCCUUCUUUAAGGGUGCAAUAAAAAAAUGAAAUUACAGUUGUUAUAGAUGAGUUUUUCUGGAUGAAUAAUGCCACAAGAAAGGUCCAUUUUGUUACAAAGUCAUGCCAAGCAUGCAAUUUUUCACAGAGCAGCUUCUCUUAUGAGAAUAACAAAUUUUUAUCAUGCAAAUAUUAACCAGCAGGUCAUAUGUGAAUUUUGCAGCUUCACCCCUAGCUAUGCUUUUCUUUGAUUGGUGCAUUCCAUCUUACAGAAGAAAGAAGAUGUUAAUUUUAGUCAUGAAAUAUCAACUUUUCAUCAUUUUUAAUUGAUAAUACAUGUAUACAAGUCUUUUUGCGUCUUAGGUACAUGGAAAAAAAAAUUCAACAAACAAACUUGAAAGUUCACAUGCUGAAAAAAGUUUCCAAAUCACCAUCACCAUCACCAUCACCAUCCAUUAUUAAUACAGAAUUAAACUUACCCUGUACCUAUUUCUUAUGCAGUUUUAAAUUUCUAUUUUCACACAAGGUGAUGAAUGUUUUUGUGAUCUUACCAGAAGAGAUUUGAUAUGACAAGGGUACAAAAUUUAUAAUGGAAGAUUUAGUGUAUUUUAAAGUGACUAUUAGAUAUUGUGUUUUCACAGGUGAAGACAAUUCGUCUGGUUGGCAUUUUACUGGUAGUGUUUGUGAAAAAUGAGCAUCUACGUUAUGUCAGUAAAGUUGAGGCUGAAACGGUGGCUACUGGCAUCAUGGGUCUCAUGGUGAGGGCGCAGUUUAACAAUUUUGUUUUUUUCCUGCCAAAGGCAGGGUAUGAAGAGAAAAAUAUGUGUUGAUGAGGUACAUGUAUGUCACCUCAGAUCUUGGGAUCCUUGCUCCUUUGCUGUACCACUGAGCUACAGAGAAUUCAAGGGUCUAAGCCACCAUAGCAAAGUGAUCUUUUCUACCAAACACAUCAGGGAAUUCUUAAUAUGUACUGUUCCUGAGCCUGUGCAAUAAUGUAUAUUUUUGUAGUUAGUUGAUGUUCAUCUAGCUGGUUGUAUUUCUUUAACUUGCAAGCAAGGCCAUUGUUUACUAGCAGAUGUACUCACCAAUUGGCUAUCUCCUGGUUGAAAGAAAUUUAGCUGUAGCACAAAAACAAAAUUUGUCUAGGAUUUUACUGGCUUUGAUGGCUUCACUAAUCUGUUAUUGGCUUCAAAAACUUGUGCCAUAUUCUUAACCAUUAAGAUGUUCUGAAACGUAAUUGUUACGUUAUCACCUGUGUUUUCCCAUGGCAAGGGUCUGUAGCAUCCAUUAAAUCUUUGCUUUUUAUCACUUCUCUGGGAUAUUUUUUGCAUAUUUUUUUUAAUUGAUUGGCCAUAGUGAUUGAAAAUUGGAAGCUACUGUGUAGAUUAAUUUUCUUGUGUGUUUGAAACAGGGCAACAAAGGAGGGGUGGCCAUUAGAAUGCAGAUACACAACACCAGUAUUUGUUUUGUGAAUUCACAUCUAGCAGCUCACACAGAAGAAUUUGAAAGAAGGAACCAGGUAAUGAAUUAUUUUAUGCCAAUGAUUGAAAUGUAUGUCACAAUCAAUUUGUUAUAGUCUUCUGUAGGAGUGUACAAGUGCCUUCAUAAAGUGUAUGUAUAUUGAAUAACUGAUAAAAUUGAAAUGAAAUAAUAAAUUGAAAUGUGGGGUAAAUUAUUUCCUUUAAACCUUUAGGACUAUCGAGAUAUUCUAAACAAGCUGGAGUUUAAUGGAGCCGAUGGGUCUCUUUAUAUAACUGAUCAUGAGUAAGUCAGUGUCGUGUGCUUCUAACGUUUCUUUAUUUUCUUUCUGGAAGGCACAGUGGAGAGUUUUGAUUAGCAUUGCUUUUUUGUAAUUGUCUUUAAUACAAGGAAAAUGAGUGAAACGUAGUUUAUUGAGAAAGUGAAGCACCAAAGAGGAAUCAGCUCUCGGGAAGAAAGGAUGAUCUAGGACCAAGAAGAAGAUGAAUGCUUAAAUUUCACAUCACAAAAGUGACGUGGAAGGCUAAAUUUUUCAAUUUUAAUAGCUACAAACUAUUGAAAACCAAACCAUCAGAACAAGGGAUAAAGAAAAGUUGGACUUCCACAGGGGUAGGGUGAGGUGGGAUGUUGGUGUUCAUGGAAAAAUAUCCUCUCAUCCCUAUCUUAACAGUGAUUUUUUUUUUGUCGUCUUUUAGUGCAGUGUUCUGGUUAGGAGAUCUAAAUUACAGAAUUAGCGAAAUGGAUUCUGAUUUGGUAAGAAGACUAGCAGAUACAGGGAAGUAUGACGAACUCUUAGAGAAUGACCAACUAAUCAAACAAAGAUCUGAGAAGAAAUGCUUUAAUGGUUUCAAAGAGGGCAAGAUCAAGUUCAAACCAACGUACAAAUAUGAUCCUGGGACAGACAACUGGGACACAAGGUGAAUUUGGCAUAAUCACAGUGUUUACAGGGCACAUGUAGUCUGAAUAAAGUACAAUUUUAUUCCUAUAAGGGACCUGAUCUUUAGACAGGAACUGGUCGGCUGAGUAUUGAUCAGGGAAUGUUUCUUUAAGUAUAAUUGUUUAUGUCAAGAAUUAACUGCUCAGAGCACUACCCUUAAUUGGUACCUUUUUAAUUUUUCUAAGCUUUCCUUUUCCCAACAACGAUGCUACGCUUUAAAGACCUCUUGAUGAAAGCCAAGGAAAUUUUUCAUGGAGUUCGAUUAUGUUUUGAGGGGAGAAGCGUGCCUAUUCCACGUUACGAGAUCUUCCCACGUAAUCCUGUGCAAAGUGACUGGUUGUUUUACUCGGUGCCAAAUAUGAUAAUAUUUGUCAAGCCCAAGCACCAAGCUUUGGUGGGAGCGAUGUUGAGAGGACUCAAAAUGGGUUGAAACUUCCCUAACUCCAUUUAAGUUUGGGUCUGUUUUACCCCUGAACCUCCAGAAGUGACUAGCAUGUAAUGUCUUUUUACAAUUAAAUAUCAAUACAUUAUAAAGCAAAUGAAUUGAAUCGAAGAGGUGCGUGGCAGCUAUACGAGAAAAUUACAAAUCAAGUUUUAAGAGUUGAGAGUUGAAGGACGGGUGGCAAAGUCAUGUUGACGGGUACAGCAGACAAUAGCUCCACAGCUCGAAGAAAAAUAAAAGAAAUAUGAGUAUUCUAACAUUAAUUUGCUCGUUUUCAGUGAGAAAGGUCGCGCACCUGCCUGGUGUGACCGUAUUUUAUGGAGAGGAUCUCGAGUUAAACAGCUGGAAUAUCGUAGUCAUAAUUUACUUAAAAUCAGUGACCACAAGCCUGUCAGCUCUUUGUUUGAAGUCGGGGUGAGUGUUAACCAUGCAUUAGUGUUAACGCAUCACGGCUAGAGUGACAAACGUGUACCUCAUCCACACACAUAUUUAUUCCCUUCAUACCCAGCCUUUGGCAAGACAAAAACAAAAUUGUCAAACUGCUCCCUCACCUUGAGACCCAUGACGAUGUUUCAACAUCAACUUCACUGACAUAACGUAGAGCUCUGAAGUAGUGUUUUAAUUUUCAUCCUCUACCCCCCUGUCCCUUGUACCAAAUCAAGAAAAAAGUCAGGUCAUCAUUAUACAGCGAGUAGUAAUACGUUCAUACGUACAACAUUAACGUUAUGAGGUAAAGUUUCUUUGUAGAGUCUAUGUGAUUUCAAAAUGAAACCUUCAUCAACAUUGUGGUCCAAAUCUCGAUUAAGUUAACUAAACUGUUGAAAUAUCAGAUCUACCUUGAUUUCAAGCCAGUAAAGAUCUUAGGAUAAUAGGAUUCUUUUUUAAAUAACGUAAUUCAUUUCUUCAUUUGCGCUCGCUUUUUGCCGGAGACUCUGUAACACUUAAGUGAGCAAAAGUUAGCUAUAGGUGUGAAUGCGUAGGCAUGUUUUUAUUAUUAUACACUAUGCUCAUUAUAAAAUAAUUCAAAUAGUACGCGCGCUCUGAUUGGCCAUAAAACUAUUUUACAUGAGCGUAUGUAAACACGGUUUUCGUUCCUCUUUCAUUAGUUAUUUUAUAAAAGAAAUGUAAAAUGGUUUCCGUGUUUACAGACUGAUGUAAACACGGAAACCAUUUUACAUUUCUUCAACAAUAAUCAGUGUCACUUUUGAGAAAAAAAACUCUUUUUUUCACAGGUCAAAGUUGUUAACGGAGAGCAAGAAAGACAAGUUAUGGAGGAUGUCAUUCGAAGUCUCGACAGACACGAAAACGACAACCUUCCUCAAGUCAAGUUAAGCACUGCAGAGGUAUUGUACAGAAGAUAUUAACAAAAUGUUUCUUGCAGGGUCGGGUUUUUUGUAUUCUGGUUAAGAUAACCUCGGGUUAGUGUGAAAUCUGAUUUCAUAUGUGAAAGCUUUAAAAGAAAAUUCAAUACAAUUUAGUUUUUGUCUACAAUCUGGUAAUUGGAUGCUCUAUAAGGAAUAGAAAAAUUGUCGUAUAAAGGCUUUUGAACAAAGAAAUAUGGAAUCCCAGAAUAAAAUUCAACCAUGGGUUAGCGCUAAUCGGCCUUCGAACAACUGGGCCUAGGUAUUUAGUCAGCUUAUGAACUCGUUUUUGUUUGUUUGUGCUUCAGAUUAUUUUCAAAGAUAUCCAGUUUCUUGAGAGACAGACAGCUACCUUGGAAGUUGAGAAUAUUGGUCAGGUUGGUGUUUUCGUCCGCUGUUUCUAUCAAAUUUUUCUUCAGCUUUGUCCACCAGUUCACACAGCGCUGUUUGCUUGUCUUUCUAUCAAAAUGCUAUUCUUACAGCUUAUAACCCUUGUUGGCCCUUUUCCCAUGUAAAUUCAUUCCUUUCAUUAUCAGUAGUGGUCAUUGGAUAAAUUCUCCCAACAAUUCUAACACACCGCUAGACAGGCAGGCGAUGAGAACUAAGAUAAUAAUCAACUACAGGAUAUUUAGGACUUGGCUCGGAAUUCUUAGAACUAACCCUCAAAAAAAUUUACUGAUGGGGUGAGUUUCCAGAGAAAAUUUUGUGGUGCUGCUCGGUAACGAGAUGAUUUUGGUUUUAUCAAUAGAGUUGAUGAUGUAAAUUGGCCAUCGUAAAAAGUUGAUAAUCAUGCCCUUCAGUUACGAGAAUUAAUUAAGGUAGCGUUUACUGUUUACGAUGUAAUGUUAACGACCUUUUGAUUGAUCGACAGGUGCCAGCGCAGUUUGCUUUCAUAGCUAAGUUAGAUGAGACUAGGUAUUGUAAACCUUGGUUGUCGGUCAAGCCUCCUUUGGGAAUUAUAUCUAAAGGUUAGAGAAGUUCAUUCUUUACCGUUACCUAUUACAAUAAUCUGUAAUUAUAUAAAAUAAUCAUCAUUACAAUUGUCAUUAUCAUCAUCUGAUUUUCAUUAUUUCUCUCCUCAACGCUUUUUGCAACACGGUAUUGAUUAUUUGCCUCAGCAUUGGAACAGUAUCUUAGCUGAUUUCCGGCAGGCAGGCAGUAUUACUUUUUUUAUUCAUUAGUGCAAUUUCUUAUGAAGAAUCUGCGUCAUGUCCAUCGGAGAGUAAUAUUUUUCUCGGUGUAUACGAACAUAGACUGAGAAACAUCACAAGUAUUUACAAGUGCGCCUUAUCUCCAGACUUCGAGCAGUCCCUGCUUUUCAAUGAAGUCAGUCGCGUUGGUAAAAAAAAAAAAAAAAAUCGGUGAAAAAAAGAUUUGAUGUUAGCGCGCCGCGCAGAACUCUGGGAGUGAGGCGCACGAAAAGUGGAGACCCAUACUUUUCAUGCGCCUCACUCCCAGAGUUCCCCGCGAUGCGCCAACAUCAAUUUCUUCCUUUUUUUUAAACUCUUUUUCAACCUGCAGGACGCGCCUCGCCGAAAAGCAGGGACUACUUAUAGUUUAACCUAUGUAAAUCUGAUUCAAUAGUUUGUUUCCAACCAUGGCAGGAUCCACGUUACAAGUCCGCUUGACUGUUCAUGUUGAUAAAGAAUCUGCCGGAGCCAUGAACUCUGGAGACGAGAAACUUGAAGAUAUUCUCGUCCUACACUUGGAAGGAGGAAAGGACUUUUUUGUAUCCUUUUUUGCAUAGGACUUUCAGACAGACUGGUCAAAGUUUGUCAUCGUAGUCAUCGUUACUGAUGUAAUGAUGUCCAUACAUUUUCUAAUAGAGUUUGUAGAGAGAAGUGAACAACUUUUUCCUGAAACUCAAGGGAGGGGCAACAUCUUGGUUCAUCUUCUCUCGUGACGUAUUUUCCUAUUUUCUUGUUAUCCUUGCUUUUCAUCUUUUAUUUUCUCAACGUUUUAUUUCAGUCAGUAAUAGAUCUUACUUUACCGAUCACUCAUAGUACCAUUUUCAAUUGAUUCUUGAAAGAAGCUGAGAUUAUAUUGUUUUUGCUGUACUUCGCUUUAUGAUUGGUCCAAAAAACUCGUGCCACACUCUCAACCAAUCAGAUUCAAACUAAAACCAAACAGGACUUGGUCACCUGCGUUUUCUUACGUACUCAUUGGUCCUUUAGAUCAUUUUCCCUUCUUCUGAUUGGCCGUUCUAAUAAGUUUGGCUUUAGGUUACGACCCUUAAUUGGAAAGCGCUGUAAUAGAAUGUGAGCACUACAAGUCCUUGAGAUAAAGAAAUAGAGCAAAGAAAAAAAGGAAAAUUUCUCGGCUUUCUGGAUUUCUAAACGUUAGAGGGGGGAAAGGUUAGAAAGAUCAGUGAGAAAGAUAAGAACAUGUGUACAACACGUUUUUCUUUAACGAUAUGCAGGUGUCAGUCAGUGGUAACUAUCUUCCUAGCGUGUUUGGUUCGUCUAUUGAGGCAUUAGUGCGCAUGUACGGACCUAUCAGGGAAGUUCCUGUUGCAACACUAGUAGAUUUGGUAAGUUUGGCAUUAUGUGAUAUUGCUCAAAUGGGUUAAGGGUAGUAUUGUGAUUAAACAUAUUUAAAGUAAUUUCAAAAUCAAUGUUCUGUUAAAAAGCAUGUUAAUUUAAGGUGUCUUUUCUUCCAGGAGCACAUCAAUACGUCAAAUCCUUCGACGCUCUCGGAUAACCAGCCGCUAGACAUUCCAAAAGAGCUAUGGCUUCUUACAGAUCACUUGUAUACCCAUGGCAUGCGUAAGGUUGGACAAGUCAUGGUUUUUAUGCACAUGUACACUGAAGGCAACCUUGUAAACUGUUUUCUUUUGAUUUACUGCAGGAGAAUUUAUUGAAGCAGUCUGGGUUCGAGAAAGAUCUGGAAGAGAUUAGGACACAUUUAGACUGUUGUCGAGGUGGCAAACUGCGUAUCCUUUUGAUGUUUCGAAGAAAAUUGUUUGAAACAUUUCAAAAUAUCUUCAAUCUCUGUGCUGGGUUUUUUUUUUUUUUUUGCGUAAAGGAGCCUAAUGGCUCAUUUCAAUUUUUUUCUGUAGUUCCUUCCAUUGCAAUUCAUCUUUUGUGAUCAUUUCGCUGUUUGACAUCUUCCACAUGUCAGAAUUUGAUGUACUUCAUUUAUUUGUGGAGUUUACUCUAACGGCAUGAAACAACUAGGAAAGGUUUUGCUGUUUAACAUCUUGAUAUGACUGUCAUUCUGUUAACAGUUAUCACACAGGAUCUCAAUGAAGAAUGCAUAAUAUACCGAGUUGUUUAUAAUGCGUCGUCCUAUUACUUCAGGUCCACUUCAGUUUUUUUCUCUUUGUAUCAUUCUUUAUGGUGUGACCUGUAGUUUCCAUCGCUGCUGUAUUUAUAACGUCACAUAACGCUCGUUCUCCUGAACGUGUGACGUGACGAGUUCAACGAACGGUCGUGAAAGAGAACAUGUAGCCCGUGGUAUAUGUUUUACAAACUGUCAUAAAACCUUUUGUGUUUCUUUGACUGUUUUCAUAGCUGGUAGCGUUUACUCUAUAGCAGAAGCUUUACUUAUUUUCUUGGAAGCCCUACCUGAACCUGUGAUUCCGUAUGCGUUUUAUCAGAGAGCGCUUGAAUGUUGUAACAACUACAUGCUUUGUAAACAGGUUUGUCAUUUAACUUUUAAGGAUUUGUGAGGGGGCUACGUAUGUUGCUAUUUGUUAUUCGAUCAGUUUGGUGAAAGGACCUCUGGCUGUUAAACUUGUUUGAUAGGCAUUAACGCGAGGCAGAGGAAUUUUCCAUUGAGUGUCGAGAGUAAUGUGACAUUAUAUCGGGUUUCCUUAUCUGCGCUAUUUGACUGAUCCAGAAUGCUCGUUCCGCCAAUCACAUGUAGAACUUAAGUCAAUCGCCCCCCAAGCUUCCUGCGCUUAAUGCUUAUGGUUUCAUUGGCUCGAUGUUUCAUUUACCUUUGCCUAUGAUUGCCUUCAAAGUACUGCAGUAUCCAAACUUAUCUUUAUAUCUGUGAACCUCAACCUUAGUGGUUGCAUUUGGCCUGUGUAGACCUGUACAUGUGUUUUCAAGAGAAGUAUGGAGUCCUCAGUGUCUUACUGUUGUCUUUUCACUUGCAGGUAAUUUUUCAAAUCCCUAAGAGCCAUCGGAAUGUGUUCACAUACAUCAGUGCCUUCCUGAGAGAGCUGCUACGAAAUUCCAAUGAAAAUAAACUGGACGCCAAAACUCUGGGUCAGUCUAUGAGUGCAUAGAUAUUGGGAAGAACUUGAUAACAACGAAAAAAAGUUCUGUUGAAAAGGGCGUAAGAAAAAUUCAGGGACUGAGGAAAAGUUAUAUUUGACGAAAAGUGACACACAAUUUUUCCUUGGAAAAUGUUUUUUUUUCAGGAAAUCUAAAUAAUGUAAAUGUAACUUAGCCCUUUAACCUCUAAGAGUGACUGGCAUCUAAUUUCUCCUCACAAUAUCAGCCCUGAAUCAGACAUCAAGGUCAUUAGAAUAAAGGGAAAUGAUCAACAACCAAAGAACUCUUGACUGUUAAACAAAUUCUCCUUUUCAGACCCUCUAGAAAUGAAUAGAGAACAGUAUGGAGAAUAUACAUACUGAUGUUAGGGUGUUAAGGGUACGUAAGAGCUGCCCAACGGUUUCCGCUCUCGCUGUCACAUGCUUUUCUCUUUCCUGAGGUGAUUGAUUGAUUUAUGUAGAACUUUUUCCUUUUCACUAGCCCUCUUGUUUACCUUGGGUUUGCUAACAUACCUUCUCCCUUACUACAGCUACUUUGUUUGGUACCUUGUUCCUAAGAGCCCCCAGAAAUAAAGAGGCGGGGCUCAGCAGGAGAUCUGUCAAUCAAUUGACGCAGAAGAAAGCGCGUUUCAUGUACAACUUCCUGAUCAACGAAUUUGGACCGGACUGAGCCCGCAAUGGGUGCAAUCUACAGCAGUCAGCCCCAGUUUUUUGGACUCUUGUGUAAAGUUGUUAGUAUAUUAUAUAUUUCACAAUAGCUAUAUUUCAUGAUAGUUUAUUUUUUGGGGGUUUGCUGUCCUUUAAAAAGGUAUUUUAUUAAAUAACAGCUUUAUUUUUUAUCAUAUGAUUUGUAAAUAGUUAGCUACUUCAACGCAAUGUUUGAUUUACACUUCAACACCGUUGUGGAAAAAUGUUUGAAGAAUCCACAUCUAAGUUAUGGUAGAGGUUAUACUUAGAAAUUUUUAAGCUCUCUUGUAAAUUUUGGAAUUUUGUGCUUUCAGGAAACCCUGAAUAAUGUAAUGAUGGCAAAUAUUGAUUCGCUUUACAAAUAGAUAGGUGGGGCCAUCCGUUUUAUUAGUAUUUGUAUCCACUGUUGUCGGGAUUGUUUUUCUCUUGUAGUGUGUUACAUUUCCUCAAUCAAUCGAAAAACGCUUCAUGUCCUUCUUGCUUUUCUUUUUUUCAUCCUCAAUGGUGAAUGUUGUCGUCUUGGUUUUGGUAGUGAAAGGAUCAGGACAUCUCUCGGAUAAAUAUCCUCAACGUUCUCAUUACCGUUUUCUCACUUGUGACGUGACUAUAAAAUCCUAUGUCGACUUGUAUUUAGGCCUCUCUCCCUCCUUGUUCCUCAUUUUUCCUCUGUUUGUGUGUUUGAGACAUUUUGAAGGAAAGAACCUCAGUUUUUGUCGUUAUUUUUUUUGGCAUCUAUUGACUUGACAACAAAGAAAUGCUUUGAGGCUAAAAUUACCCUCGGGCUUUACAAGACGAGCCAAUGUUGACACAAAUAAGUUAUUUUUGUUCAACAUUCUGGAAACAUUCACACGAGUCAUGAUAAUAUUCUUUGCAGUCAUUCGGUGUUUUUCGAGACUAAAGUCAGCUGGGAAAGCUCAGUAGAGAUUGUACGACAGUUCACAUUUUUACGUUAUCUACGAGAAUCUAUUCAAGCGACGAGUAAGAUUGCGUUUGGAUAAGAAAAUUAAUUUUUCUAUUGAAUUUUGUGCCCACCGAUGCAGAGAAAACCCUAAAUAUUUUUCACCCUAGUUAUUUUGAGUCAUUAUCCAUCUACACUCUGACAUUAUUAGAUUUCUUCUUAGUAUGUUAAGUUUAAUAGUUUUCCGUCAAUAGUAAAAUGUAACAUGAAACUGUUAGAUCUGCUAAAUUUUGUAGGUUAGCAAUAUUGCAUGAUUUGCAGUAUAUUGCAAAAGCGUAAUUUGUCGAAAAGCCCCUAAUUUUAUUCUCAAUGCUACGUAAGGGUGAAGGUUUCUGGGCUUUCCUCCGGAGUAAUAGUUUUACUUAAGAAGUAAACAUUGAAUUAUGAAAUGAAAUGAUUUUAUUAUUUGAAUUACGAAUUAACAUUACUUAAAAUAUUGCAAUGUUUUCCCGGGCGCAAUACAUAAAGAGUUGACACGAAUCAUGCAGUAUAAACAGUAUAGGCAUUAUUCAAAUUAAAUGCACGAGAAUACGUAAAAGUUCUGCAACUUUGCGAUUGUUUUGUUCUGAAAUUGUUAUCGCGCAAACGCCA